UUAGCAAUGUUUAGCUUAAAGAAUGAUUUUCUACAUUUGAAAAGAGAUCUUCGACAGUUGAUGAGACCUUAUUAUUUAAUAAAUAUAUUCCUUAGUGUAUCUUACAUUGUUGCUAAAAGAUUGCCUUAUAUAUGUCACUUUCUGUUUUCCCAAACUGAUUGUGAACUCGAUGAUAGAGAGGUAGAAAUUUUAUUUUUCUUGAUAAUUGUUAUAAUGCUAAGGACGAGAAAAGCUGGAAGUGUAAAUAUGAUAAGUUACCUUUCGUCCAGCUUUGUGUAUACAAAAGUAGCCAACUUGAUUCUUUGGUUUUAUGCAGAUAUACAUUUAGGAAUAUUAUAUGGAAUAAUUUUUCUUAUGUGUGGUUUAAUAAUUCCCGAGCCAACUUAUCAGGGCCCCGAAAAUGUAAUUUAUUUGCGUGGUAACAAUAGCUUACAAGAAGAACUCCAACGUGAUACCAGAGUCUACUGGUUAAUCGCAUUCUAUACAGCUUGGAAUCCAGCUUGUGUGAAUUUUGCACCUGUGUUUUCUGAAUUAUCAGCUAAGUACGCUUUAGAAAAUUUUAAAUUUGGUAAAGUUGAUAUUGGAAGACAUCCAGAUGCAGCAGCUAAAUACCAUAUCAAUGACUCGAGUAAAAGUCAACAAUUGCCAUCAUUAAUACUUUUUAAAGAAGGUAAAGAAGUUGAGAGACGACCAUAUGCUGAUCGUCAAGGCAAAUUAGUUAAGUUCCUUUUUUCAAUGGAUAACAUAAAAGAUGCAUUUGAUUUGAAAGGCGUUCAUGAUACUUGUUUAAAAAAUCCAAUCAAAAGGAAAGAAAAGAAAGCAAUUAAAUCCGAUUAAAGUUUUCUAAACCAAAGAUAAUUAUAACGUAGUAUAGUAAAAGUCGAUUUAACAUCGGUUUAAAAAUGAGUAUUUACAAAUUUUUUUUUUUGUUCACAAGAAUACUUUUCUUGGACAUUUAUGUAUAUAGGAUAGCGUUUAACAUUUACUUUUAUGUUUGUAGAACUAGGAAAAUACGUUGAAUAGAAAAUAUUUUUAAUGUUAUGAAUCCAUACAAAAGUUCAUUACAAUUUACAAAUUAUAGCUUUUAGAUUAUUCAG